AGUGUUCCCGCAUUAUAAAUUCACCAAAAACUCUUCCUCAAACCACGUAAUUUUUCUUUUCUUUCUCAACCAAAUUUCUCCAAUGGAUUACACCAAUUCAUCCCUUAAUGUAGAGUCUGCUGCUAUAUCUAAACCCACCCCUCUCCGUAAGAUUGCCGCGGUGGCGACUAUAGGCGCCGGCAUACAAUUUGGUUGGGCUCUACAACUCUCCCUACUCACACCCUACAUCCAACUCCUCGGAGUACCACACAAAUGGGCAGCCAACAUUUGGCUAUGCGGCCCAAUUUCUGGCAUGAUUGUCCAGCCACUCGUCGGUUACUAUAGUGACCGAAGUCAUUCACGUUUCGGUCGCCGUCGCCCUUACAUCUUCUUUGGCUCUAUAUCAGUCGCUCUUGCUGUCUUUUUCAUUGGCUUUGCUUCAGAUAUCGGUCAUGCUUUAGGCGAUGAUCUGACCCAAAAGACACGUACUCGUGCCGUUGUCAUAUUUAUCGUAGGCUUUUGGAUACUAGAUGUUGCCAACAAUAUGCUCCAAGGACCAUGUCGUGCCUUCAUCGGUGACCUCGCUGAUGGUGAUCACUCUCGAAUGAGAACGGGUAUGUCUUUGUUCUCUUUCUUCAUAGCCAUCGGUAAUGUCCUUGGUUAUGCUGCUGGAUCUUACGGCAAUCUCUACAAAAUAUUCCCUUUUACGGAAACCAAAGCAUGUGACGUCUUUUGCGCCAAUCUCAAAACAUGUUUCUUUUUCUCAAUUUUUCUUCUUGCCAUAGUCUCUACCUUCGCUCUACUUUAUGUAGAAGACAUUCCACUAACAUCAAAGCCAGAAAUUCAAUUAGCACCAGAGGAUGACCCCGGCUGCUUCGGACAGUUAUUAGAAGCAUUUCACGGAUUGAAGAAACCGAUGUGGAUGUUGCUGUUAGUAACAGCUGUUAAUUGGGUAGCAUGGUUCCCAUUCUUUUUGUUCAACACUGAUUGGAUGGGCCAUGAAGUGUAUGGUGGAAAAUCCGGCGACAAGGCUUAUGCCACCGGUGUACGUGCUGGAGCAUUGGGGCUAAUGAUUCAGGCAGUUGUGCUUGCUGUAAUGUCAUUGGCAGUUGAACCGUUGAGCCGUCUUGUUGGUGGAGCUAAGAGGCUGUGGGGAAUGGUUAAUAUUAUUUUUGCUAUUGCACUUGCUAUGACGGUUGUCAUCACCAAGGCAGCGGAAAAUGAACGGCACAGCAGCACCGGAGGGACACCGUCUAUGGGCGUUAAGGCUGGGGCGUUCAGUUUCUUUGCCAUUGUUGGAGUCCCUCUUGCGAUUAAUUUCAGUGUCCCGUUUGCUUUAGCAUCUAUCUAUUCUAGCUCAGCAGGGGCCGGGCAAGGUUUAUCUUUGGGAGUCCUCAAUCUUGCAAUUGUCAUUCCACAAAUGAUAGUAUCGGCAGUAAGUGGACCGGUUGAUUCUUUGUUUGGUGGUGGUAACUUGCCUAUGUUUGUGGUGGGUGCCGUGGCAGCAGUCAUCAGCAGUGUAUUGGCAUUUAUCCUUCUGCCUAAGCAGGAACAUACGGCCAAGGCUACAACUGUGACUGGUGGUUUUCAUUAACUAACAGAGUUUAAAUGUUUCGUUUUAAUUCUUUUAUAUGUGUGGUGAAUUAUUGAACAUCUUGAUUUUAAAUUUGAUACUAGUAGUAAUUUCAUUCUCAACCUCUUUGUAUUUGGUUGACUUAGGCCCAGUUGAGCUUUAGUUUCUUUAUCCAUAUAAUGUCUUUAUUCAACAACAAAAAGAAAUAUAUUCAAUUUUGUUUGUGGUAACAAUAUAAAUAUGUUCAUUUGAUGAAAUAGAAACAUUUCUCAACUGAAUCUUGUGAG